AUGUUUGGCCCUAUCACUGAUGUACUUGAUGCUAUUGCGGUUAAUGCACGUUUUGAAGAAAAGUGUAAGGCAAAGGGAUACCUUAAAGCAUGUUUAACAUUUGAGAUUGCCUUCAUGUUGCAUUUUAUACGUACUGUUUUAGCAAUUACAAAUGAGCUUAAUGUUGCCUUUCAAAAGAAGGAGCAAGAUAUUGCAAAUGCUGUGAUACUUGUUAGAGUGACAAAGGAUCGGUUGCAACAACUGAAAGAGGACGGAAGAUCACGUCGUAGAGUUGCAGAGUACUCUAUUUUACAUCACUAUCGUGUUGUAGUAUUUCGUAAAACUAUUGAUUGGCAAUUUCAAGAACUCAAUAGUCGCUUUGAUGAGGUGACAAUUGAAUUGCUUCUUGGAGCUUCUUGCUUGAACCCGGUUAACUCUUUUUCAAGUUUUGACAUUGAAAAGAUAUUGAGAUUGGCUGAGCUAUAUCCUGAUGAUUUUGAUAAAUAUUCUAUAGUUGACCUUCGUUUUCAGCUUGAGAAUUAUAUUGUUGAUGUUCGGGAUGAUGACAAAAGGUUUUCUGAUCUUAAGGGACUUGGUGAUCUUUCCAAGAAAUUAGUAGAAACAAAGAAGCACGGGACUUAUCCUCUUGUGUUUCGGCUAGUGAAAUUUGCUUUACUUUUGCCUGUUGCUAUGGCUACGGUUGAAAGAGCUUUCUCAGCAAUGAAGUUGAUAAAGACUGACUUACGAAAUCGAAUGGAUGAUGAGCUUUUGAGUGGUUGUUUGGUGCCUUAUAUAGAAAAAGAUGUAUUUUGUAAUGUUUCUAAUGAGGCUAUUAUGAAUACAUUUCAAAACAUGAACCUCGUCGAGGAGAAUUGUAGUGAUGUACUUGAAUUGUGUUUUAUUAAUAUUAUUUAA